UCUGAUUAGGAGCACAACCUGGAAUUGAAAGAAGCGUCUGCAUUAGUAACGACAUGUAGCUCCCUGCUAAACGUUUUUAUUUGUCAUUUUUUUCUCCUAGAUGCGGUUAAACGCUCCCGCUUCACUUCUGAGGUUUGUGACCUGCUGGUGACCCCUUCUUGGGGUUUCAGAAGAGUCAUGAACACCGGCAGUCAGGUCCGGCUACUGCUGUGGAAAAACUGGACUCUUCGCAAGAGACAAAAGAUUCGAUUCAUUGUUGAAAUUCUGUGGCCGAUAGUGCUGUUCAUUGGACUGGUGUGGUUAAGGAAGGCUAACCCUCUCUACCGCCAACAUGAAUGUCACUUUCCCAACAAAGCCAUGCCCUCCACGGGGAUACUUCCGUGGAUCCAGGGCAUAUUUUGCAAUGCCAACAACCCCUGUUUUCGGUCCCCCACCCGCGGAGAGUCCCCCGGGGUAGUCUCCAACUACAACAACUCCAUACUGGCAAGGUUCUAUCUGGACUCCCAGGAGCUUCUCUUUAACGAUCCGGAGUUCCAGCAGCUGGGUAGAGUGUGGCGGGAACUGAGUGUGAUGAGCAACUUUAUGGAUACCCUCCGCAACAACCCCUCUCAGAUCUCAGGACGAGGGCUGAAAAUUGAAGAUAUUCUGAAGGAUGACGAGACUCUCACGUCAUUCCUGCUGAGAGACGCACGGCUGCCACACUCUGUCGUUUACCAGCUCAUGAACGCCAGGGUGCGGCCUGAACAGUUUGCAUACGGAGUGCCGGACCUGACGCUGAAGGACAUCGCCUGCAGUCAGACCCUGCUGGCACGCUUCAUCCUCUUCCCCAGCUGGAGGGGCCAGUACAGCGUUCACAACGCUAUGUGCGCCCUCACCCAGCAGAAGCUGCAGAAGAUCGAGGACCAGCUGUACGCCAACGUGGACUUCUUCAAGCUCUUCCGUCUGCUGCCCCAGGUUCUGGACAGCCAUUCGUCUGGCAUGGACCUGCAUUUCUGGGGCCGCGUGCUGUCAGCCGUGUCCGAAAAACUGCAAGAGUUGGCGGAAAGGAGCAGCUCCAAAGAGCUUCUGCGGGUGCUGUACCCGCUUUUCCAGAUGGGGGUGCCCUCCUCCUUCAGCCAGCUGAUAAGCACCGUAUCGGACCUCUUCUGCGGGUACCCUGAGGGCGCCGGGACCCGUGUCUUCUCCUUCAACUGGUAUGAGGACAACAACUACAAGGCCUUCCUGGGAAUCAAUGGGAGCAAGGACACAAAAAACUACAUCUAUGACGAUACCACCACACCUUUCUGCAAUGCACUGAUGCAGAACUUGGAGUCCAACCCAGUCACCAAGAUUGUGUGGAAUUCGGUCAAGCCCCUGCUGAUGGGGAAGGUCGUGUACGCCCCCGACUCCCCCGCCGUGAGACAGAUACUCAAGAGUGCUAAUACCACAUUUGAGCAGUUGGAGCGGCUGAGGAACAUGGGGAAAGCCUGGGAGGAGGCGGGCCCUCAGAUCUGGAACUUUUUCCAGGGCGGAGUUCAGAUGAACAUGAUCCGGGAAACCAUCAGAAAUCCCACGGUGAUGAAUUUCAUUGACAAUGCACUGGAGGAAACUGAGUUAUCAUCCAAAGAUAUUCUGAACUUUUUGUACAAUGGACCAGAGGAGGAUCGUGAAGAGGACAUGCCCAAAUUUGAUUGGAGGAAUAUCUUCAAUCUGACCGACCAGGCCAUCCGCAUGUUCAACCAGUAUACAGAGUGCAUAAACCUGGAUAAAUUCAUCGGCCACACAGAUGAGGACCAGAUGACGCACCAGGCACUGUACCUCCUGGAGGAGAACAAGUUCUGGGCAGGGCUCAUCUUCCAGGACAUGUAUCCUUGGACCACCAAACUUCCCACCCAUGUAAAGUUCAAAAUCCGCAUGGACAUUGAUGCAGUGGAGCGCACUAACAAAAUCAAGGACAGGUACUGGGACCCAGGCCCAAGAGCCGAUCCCAUGGAGGACCUUCGGUACGUCUGGGGGGGCUUUGCUUACCUGCAGGACAUGAUUGAACACGGCAUCAUCAAGAGCCAGACAGGCGUGGACUGGCCUCUGGGUGUCUACAUUCAGCAGAUGCCCUACCCCUGCUAUGUGGAUGACCUCUUCAUGAUCACCUUGAACCGCUGCUUCCCCAUCUUUAUGGUGCUAGCCUGGAUCUACUCUGUCUCCAUGAUGGUAAAGAGCAUCGUCCUGGAGAAGGAGAUGAGGCUGAAGGAGAUGCUGAAGGCCAUGGGCGUUGCCAAUAGCGUGAUCUGGUACACUUGGUUCAUUGACAGCUUCUUGAUGAUGACCGCCAGCACGGCUCUGCUCACCGCCAUCGUCAUGUCAGGGAAUGUGCUGAACUACAGCAAUCCCAUCAUCCUCUUCCUGUUCCUGCUGACGUUCACUGUGGCAACCAUCAUGCAAUGUUUCCUGAUGAGCGUGUUCUUCAACAAGGCCAACCUGGCAGCUGCCUGCAGUGGAAUCAUCUACUUCACCCUCUACCUGCCACAUAUCCUCUGCUUUGCCUGGCAGGACCGCAUCACCAAAAACAUGAAGAUAAUGGCAAGCCUGCUGUCCCCGGUGGCUUUCGGCUUUGGGACGGAAUACCUGUCCCGGUACGAAGAGCAAGGUCUGGGACUUCAGUGGGACAACAUUAGGACCAGCCCCCUGGAGGGGGACCAGUACUCCUUCUUCACCUCCAUUCGUAUGAUGCUGUUCGACAGCUUCCUAUAUGGGGUCCUGGCCUGGUACCUUGACAACAUAUUUCCAGGCCAGUAUGGAAUUGGACGACCCUUUUACUUCCCCUUCCAGCCCUCGUACUGGUCCAGACAAGGACCCUCACAAACACAGUCACCUGAUCAAGCAGCCAAAAAGUCGCCCACGGAAAGCCCGGACAAGCCGGAGGACGGACUGUCUGUGAAGCCACCGGAGUCAGGCAAGGAGUCUGACGGGUCUGACAAGAAGCCCUGCAAACACCAGGACCGGCGGGUGAAGAGAGAGAAGGAGAAAGAGGAACAGCAGAAGAAGCAGAAAGACGUGGGCCAGGACCAGGUUAAAGGGGGAGAGCAGCCAGACCAGCCGGCAGGGAACCUCUUCUUCGAACCAGAGCCAACAGGUCUCACUGUGGGCGUGGCCAUUCAGGACCUGGUCAAGGUGUUCAACAGUGGUUCCCGGCCAGCAGUGGAUGGACUGACCAUCACCUUCUACGAGGGACAGAUCACCUCCUUUUUGGGCCACAAUGGGGCGGGAAAGACCACCACCAUGUCCAUCCUCAUGGGCCUGUUCCCACCCACCUCAGGCACGGCCUACAUUAAAGGGAAGGACAUCCGUACCGACAUAGAUGCCAUCCGCCAGUCUCUGGGCAUGUGCCCCCAACACAACAUCCUGUUUAACCACCUAACCGUGGAGGAACACAUCCUGUUCUACUCCCUGCUGAAGGGCAGACCACAGGCUGAUGCCCUGCAGGAGGUCGAGGACAUGCUGGAGGACCUGGGCCUGCCGCACAAGAGGCACGACGAGGCACAGAACCUGUCGGGGGGCAUGCAGAGGAAACUGUCUGUUGCCAUGGCAUUUGUGGGCGGGGCAAAAGUGGUCAUCCUUGAUGAGCCCACGUCUGGUGUUGAUCCCUACUCGAGACGAUCAAUCUGGGACCUGCUGCUGAAGUAUCGCUCAGGCCGGACGGUGAUCCUGUCCACCCACCACAUGGACGAGGCGGACCUGCUCAGCGACCGCGUGGCCAUCAUCUCCAAGGGCCGCCUGCACUGCUGCGGCUCGCCGCUCUUCCUCAAGAACUACUUCGGCGUGGGCUUCUACCUGACGCUGGUGCGCCGCGUGAAGGACCAGCGGCCGCGCAAGAGGAAGGAGAACGAGUGCGACUGCGCGUCAGAGUGUUCCUGUGCCUGCUCCACCUGCACCAAGCACAAAGAGGAGAGCCUGAACCAGGCCCAGGUCCUGCCUGUGGAAAGGACCAUGGACGGCGAUGUGGACGGCAUCACCAAACUGAUCCACCACCAUGUGCCUGAGGCCAAGCUCCUGGAGAUGAUUGGCCAGGAGAUCACGUACCUGCUGCCCAACAAGGACGUCCAGUACAGGUCCUACGCCAGCCUGUUCCGUGAGCUGGAGGAGACGCUGUCAGAAAUGGGCCUGAGCAGCUUCGGCAUUUCUGACACUUCACUGGAGGAGAUAUUCCUGAAGGUCACAGCCGAGGGGGAAGCAACAGAAAAUGGCAACGCCAUCCCAGACCAGAGGACACUGCGGCAGAGGAAAGCCCGCACCAGUGUCACAAGCGAGAAAAAUGGCACAGUUCACAAUGAACUGGCAGCAGAGAGCAAUGGGGUGAAGCAGGCCAAUGGCCAGGGUAACCACGGCGAUUCUGACAGCGGCGGUGGAAGGGGGUCCCGGCAGGUGAAGGGCUGCAGCCUGGUCGUCAAGCAGUUCUUCGCUCUGCUGAUAAAGCGCUUCCACCACGCCACGCGCAGCCGCAAGGACUUCCUGGCUCAGAUUGUUUUGCCGGCUAGCUUUGUCCUGGUGGCCCUGUUCUUCACACUGGUUGUACCUCCGUUUGGGGAGUACCCCAGCCUGACUCUCACGCCUUGGAUGUACGGUCAGCAGUUCACCUUCUUUAGCAAUGAACGACCAUCCAAUGAGCACAUACACCAUUUUUCAAAUAUGCUUUUAAAUAGCCCUGGAUUUGGAACACGUUGCAUGCUGGAUCAGCCUCUUGAGAAUAUGCCCUGUCUCAACAUCACUACGGAGUGGGGGGUGCCCACCGUGCCUGCUGUGGUCUCCAACAUCCUGCUGAGCCCCCACUGGAACGCCUUAAACCCCUCUCCCAGCUGCCAGUGCAGCACGGACAGGAAGCUCACUAUGCUGCCCGUCUGCCCCCUGGGGGCUGGAGGGCUGCCUCCAUCUCAGAGGAUUCAGCCCACUGGGGAUGUUAUUUUGGAUCUCAGUGACCGGAACAUUUCUGAUUAUCUCGUUAAAACCUACCCCAGUCUAAUCAGGACCAGUUUAAAAAGCAAAUACUGGGUGAACGAGCAAAGGUAUGGAGGGAUCUCAGUUGGGGGGCAGCUCCCUAUCCUUGAUGUGGACCCCAGAACUAUUCAGGAUGUCCUUUACCAGCUGGGGCGCAUGCUCAACAUCACAGGGGGUAAUUAUACCAAACUUGCUAUCAGAGAAAUAGGACCUUUCCUGAGGUAUAUGGAGAGUGAAUAUAAUGUGAAGGUGUGGUACAAUAACAAGGGCUGGCACGCCAUGGUGUCCUUCUUGAAUGUGGCCAACAAUGCCAUCCUCAGGGCAAACCUGCCGCCCAAUGCCAAUCCAGCAGAGUACGGCAUCACCGCCAUCAACCACCCGCUCAACUUGACCAAAGAGCAGCUCUCUGAAGUUACUGUGCUGACCACAUCUGUGGACGCGGUGGUGGCCAUCUGCGUGAUCUUCGCCAUGUCCUUCGUCCCGGCCAGCUUCGUGCUCUACCUGAUCCAGGAACGCGUCACCAAGGCCAAGCACCUGCAGUUCGUCAGCGGCGUCAGCCCCCUGGUCUACUGGGUCACCAACUUCUUCUGGGACAUGAUCAAUUACUCCAUUAGCACGGCGAUGGUGGUGGGGAUCUUCGUGGCUUUCGAUAAGAAGUGCUACACCUCGCCGACCAACCUCCCAGCCCUUGUUGCUCUACUGCUUCUCUAUGGGUGGUCAGUGACGCCCAUGAUGUACCCGAUGUCCUACCUCUUCAAUAUCCCGAGCACGGCCUACGUCUCACUCUCCUGCAUCAACCUCUUUAUCGGGAUCAACAGCAGUGCCAUCACCUUCAUUUUGGAGCUCUUUGAGAACAACCGGGCCCUACUGCAAUUUAAUGACAUCCUGAAGAAAGGUUUGCUCAUAUUUCCUCAUUUCUGCCUGGGGCGUGGCCUAAUCGACAUGGCCAUGAACCAGGCCGUGACCGACGUCUACGCCAGAUUUGGGGAAGAGUACAGUAAGGAUCCUUUCAGGUGGGACUUUGUGGGGAAGAACAUGGCCUUCAUGGCCGCUGAAGGCGUUGUGUAUUUCAUUUUGACAAUCCUCAUCCAAUACCGCUUCUUCCUUGAUCAUUGGUUGUCGGAAGUCCCGAGCACGUCCGUCGAAGACGAGGACGGCGACGUGGCUCAGGAACGCAAGAGGAUCUACAAUGGCGGAAACAAGGAGGACAUUCUGCAGAUCAGGGACCUGUCGAAGACGUACGUGGGCAGGAAGCGGCCGGCGGUGGACAGGAUAUGCGUGGGCGUGCCUGCAGGGGAGUGCUUUGGCCUCCUGGGUGUGAACGGCGCUGGAAAGACCACCACCUUCAAAAUGCUUACCGGGGACACUGAUGUCAGUGCCGGGGAGGCUUCGGUUGCUGGCUACAGUAUUCUCACCAACAUCCUGGACGUUCAUCAGAACAUGGGCUACUGCCCCCAGUUCGAUGCCAUUGACGACCUGUUGACUGGUCGGGAACACCUCCACCUCUAUGCCCGCCUCCGGGGGGUGCCCGAAUCGGAGAUCAGCAGGGUGGCGGAGUGGGGGAUCCAGAAACUGGGCCUCUCCGAGUACGCAGAACGCUGCGCGGGGACUUACAGCGGCGGGAACAAGCGCAAGCUGUCCACGGCCAUCGCCAUGAUAGGCUGCCCGGCCCUGGUUCUGCUGGAUGAACCAACCACUGGCAUGGAUCCACACUCCCGUCGUUUCCUUUGGAACGCCAUCAUGAGUGUCAUUCAGGACGGAAGAGCUGUGGUUCUGACCUCACACAGCAUGGAGGAGUGUGAAGCUCUGUGCACCCGGCUUGUCAUCAUGGUGAACGGAACCUUCAAAUGCCUGGGCACCAUCCAACACCUCAAAUACAAGUUUGGCGACGGCUACGUGGUCACCAUGAAGAUCAAGGCAGCGAAGCCAGGGCUGGCGCCGGACCUGAACCCGGCCGAGGCGUUCAUGGAGGCCAGCUUCCCGGGCUGCGUGCAGAGGGAGAAGCACUACAACACCCUGCAGUACGAGAUCGCCUCCUCCUCUCUCGCCCGCAUCUUCCAGCUGGUGGUGGCCAACAAGGAGAAGCUCAACAUCGAGGAUUACUCCGUCUCCCAGACCACGCUCGACCAGGUGUUCGUUAACUUUGCCAAGCAGCAGUCGGGUGAAGACGAUGACCUCGUGCUGCACCCUCGAGCCGCGGGGGCGCGGCGGGAAAUGAAGAUCUUGCCGCUCAAAGACCUCCGGAACAAGCCGUAGACCACCAUAGAAUUCAAAAUUGCCAGCGGGGAGGUCAAUCCGCGGCAUGCCUGUACACAGACCAACUGGUACUGUGGUUUACCAGGUCCACUCUGUAUGUGACAUCGGCCAGGUUCCGGUAUAACAAAUGAAGGACAUAGCCUAUUGCGGCUGGAUUUAGUCUUUUUUAAAGAUUUCUUUAUAUUUACGGAGGAAGGUGACAUUCUCAAGCUUUUCAAUACGCCAAUAAUAAAACGUAAACAUCUCCUGAAUGGAGAUCGAGAGACUGAGGCAAUUAAGACCCUAAUUGGUCUUUCACACUACCAUAGAGAUAUACAAUAUGUUUGUGCAAGGAGGCAGGGAUAGGCUAUUGUAGAAUUUCUAAGCACUUUAGUGGGUUUAUUACUGAUAUGACGGAUUAAAUCUACCACAAAGUGGUAACCCAUAGCUGUACCUAAAGGUAAAAAAGGACGAUGAAUUUAAAGCAGAUAUUAUUGUUAUUAAUUAUUCAAUAUUCAGUUUUCCAGACUUUCCAGACAAAAAGCUACAGCCUUCUUUAUUUCUUGUUUGUCUUAAACACAUUCUGGAAGGUUCAGUUGGCCCCUUAGGUAAUAAAUUUGUAUAUUACUACAAAUAUUUGCAUUGCUUGCUGUAAGUAUACCAAAGUUUUAUUUAUUUUUCUAAGUCCUGUAACAUUGUGUUUUUCAAGAAAAUAUUAAUUUUCAUAUUCCUUUUGCUUCAGUGCUUAUAUUCAUGAUGCUGCAUAUCGAUCCAUUUCUUAGUUUCUACACGAAUGGACUACUUUGCUUUCAUUAGACAUGUGGAGUGUGAACAAAUAUGUGCAGCCAUUGCAUUGCUUUAUGUCUAUAACACAAAUCACAGUUAUCAGAGAGACUAUCAUUGUGGACAUGCUUUCCUCUUGUUGUACAUAAAAGGGUAAUGAAGCUUAAUAAAGCUACAUUCAUACAAACUG